AAGAAACGUUGUGGAAACUGUGGAUCCGGUCUAAGAAACGAAUAGUCAACCAUCCGUUCACUCAUCAAAAAUCUCGCUCAAGAGUUAAUUAUGCAGUGCGUUACAACUCACACCACCAUUAUAACACAUCACACCACUCUCUCUCCCAACACAAAUAAAUAAAUAAAUAAAGUUAAAAAAGAAAAAGAAAAAGAAAAAAGAAAAAAAAACCACCAACAUACCCACCAAUUUCGCCCACGAACAAUCUUCGUUUCAGUCUUUCCAUUCACCCACAUAUUUUCUUCUUUACCUUUUUUAUUCUCUCUCCAUCCCCUGUUUUUUCCUUUUUUUUUUUUUCAAUUAAAUUAUUCAGGUAUUUAUAUACGCAUGCAUAAAUAAUUGUUUAUGUUUAUGAUUUUGUUUUUGUUGUUGUUGUUGUUUAAUGAGGAUGAAUAAUUGUAUUUGGAUUAAUUUUUUAAAAUUUGAAUUAGGUUUUCAGUGAGUUGUUGGAGUUUUGGGGGUUUUGAAAUAUGGAGUGCAUUGAAGCAAGAGCGCUGAAAUCAAGUUUCCUCUCGCAAAUGGCCAUGAAAGCGAAUUCGCAGGUUUUUUACAACGACGACGUUUGGUGUUUGACCGGAAUAAACAGCGGCGGCGGCGCCGCCGACGAUUUCCCCGACGUUGAUGAACUUCUCAACCUCGACUUUCCCGAGAAGGAGUUUCAGGAGGUACUGUGUUUCUCUCAGGAAGAUGAUGACGUCACGCAUAAGGAAGGCUCGCAUCAUUCCUCAACCUCCACUUUUUCCGGCGCCGAUGAUUUUGAUAGCCUCUCCGCCGGCGAACUCCCCGUUCCGUCUGAUGACUUGGAGAAUCUAGAGUGGCUAUCACAAUUUGUCGACGACACUACUUCGUCGGGGCUCUCUUUACUCUGCCCCGCCGGAAGUUUCACGGAGAGAGCUGAACCGAAUUUUGCUAACCGAGUCGUAACAGUCAACAGACCGUUACGGAAAAUCCAGGCUCCGUUUCUUCUCACGCCGAUUCCGGUUAAAGCCAGAAGCAAAAGGUCUAGGUCAAACGGACGGCCGUGGUCUUUGUCUUCGCCGCCGUUAAGCUCCGGCGACUCCUCCUCAACGACGUCGUCUUCCUACGGCUCUUCCAUCCUGUCUCCUUUUCUGUUCACAACCCCUGUUCGUGAGACGGAGUGGUUUUCGACCGGCGAAAAACCGGCGAAGAAGCUGAAGAGAAAACCGGCGGAAACCGAAACCGGUUCAAUAUCGGGCCGUAGGUGUACCCACUGUCAGGUUCAGAAGACCCCACAGUGGCGAACCGGUCCAUUAGGCCCGAAAACUCUGUGUAACGCGUGUGGUGUCCGGUUCAAAUCCGGUCGGCUUUUCCCAGAGUAUAGACCGGCGUUUAGCCCUACGUUUUCGCAUGAAGUGCAUUCAAAUAGCCAUAGGAAAGUUUUGGAGAUGCGCCGGAGAAAGGAGACGGUCGAGUUUCCCGAACCGGGUUCGCCUCUUAUGGUACAGAGCUUAUGAGCUUUUUAGAUUAGCUCUAACUUUAAACCGGGUUUACGAAAACCGGCGGCUGCUGAAUUGUUCAAUUUUGGUUGUCGAGAUUGUAGGGUCAGAGGCUGGUAGCCAUAGAUAUAAAUAGGGAGGAGGUUAUGAACUUAAAUUCUUUUUUUAUUGUAAUUCAAUCUAUUUUGCAGUCAGAAACAUAAACUACUAUGUUUUAUUAAAAGGAUAAAA